GAAGGGUUUUUGUCCUCAAACAAGAACCAGUUAUUGACUAGUUUUUAAAUGAAUAAGGAUUCCAGGGUUUCAGGUUCUGAUUUCAUGUGUUAACUGGGUCACUUCAGCACAAUGAGGGAGUGUAUCUCGGUACACAUUGGCCAAGCGGGUGUCCAGAUCGGUAACUCCUGCUGGGAGUUGUACUGCUUGGAACACGGUAUCAAUCCGGACGGAACGGUUAUCGUUGAGGGCACCUCGCUGGAAGAUUCUUCUUUCGGCACCUUCUUCAGUGAAACUGGUGCUGGGAAGUAUGUUCCUCGAGCUGUGUUCAUAGAUCUUGAGCCCACCGUUGUUGAUGAGAUCCGUAACGGAAGCUAUCAAAAACUUUACCACCCUGAGCAGCUCAUCAGUGGGAAGGAGGACGCUGCUAAUAAUUACGCUCGUGGUCAUUAUACUGUCGGUAAAGAGAUCAUAGACUCUGUGGUUGACCGCAUGCGAAAAAUGGCGGACCAGUGCACUGGUCUUCAGGGCUUUUUGAUCUUUCACAGUUUUGGUGGAGGAACAGGCUCUGGUUUCACAUCUCUACUGAUGGAACGGCUGUCCGUAGAUUACGGUAAAAAGUCCAAGCUGCAGUUCUCCGUCUAUCCUGCCCCGCAGGUCAGCACCGCUGUGGUGGAGCCUUACAACUCCAUCCUCACGACGCACACGACCCUCGAGCACUCCGACUGUUCCUUCAUGGUGGAUAACGAAGCCAUCUUUGACAUCUGCAAGCGAAACCUCGAUAUCGACUGUCCCUCCUACACCAACCUAAACCGGCUCAUCGCCCAGAUCGUGUCCUCCAUUACAGCAUCCCUGCGCUUCGACGGGGCCCUCAACGUGGACCUCACCGAGUUCCAGACCAACCUGGUUCCAUACCCUCGCAUCCAUUUCCCGCUGGUCACCUACUCUCCCAUCAUCUCCGUGGAGAAGGCGUACCAUGAGCAGCUUUCCGUGCCGGAGAUCACCAACGCCUGCUUUGAGCCUGCAAACCAGAUGGUGAAGUGUGACCCUCGCCAAGGCAAAUACAUGGCCUGCUGUUUGCUUUACCGUGGCGAUGUCGUUCCAAAGGACGUUAACACUGCCAUAGCCAACAUUAAGACGCGAAGAUCCAUCCAGUUUGUAGAUUGGUGUCCCACGGGCUUUAAAGUGGGCAUCAAUUACCAGCCGCCCACCGUCGUUCCUGGAGGAGAUCUGGCCAAGGUGCAGAGAGCCGUGUGUAUGCUGAGCAACACCACGGCCAUCGCUGAAGCAUGGAGCCGUCUGGAUCAUAAGUUUGACCUGAUGUAUGCGAAGAGGGCUUUUGUGCACUGGUAUGUGGGUGAAGGGAUGGAAGAAGGAGAGUUCUCGGAGGCUCGGGAGGACAUGGCUGCACUGGAGAAGGAUUACGAGGAGGUUGGUGCCGAUUCUGCUGAAGAUGAUGUUGAGGAUGAGGAAGAGUAUUAAAGGGGUUUUGAAAUUCACUUGUGCUUUAAUAAACUU